CGCCGUCACUCCAUCUCACAGACGGCCGCAACUUCGCACUCAAGUGGACACGCGGCGUGACAGACGGCGAGGAAUUGGAGCGGAUCCAGAGACAACUUCAACAUGACAACGUACUGCCGCUCGAGGCUGCGUAAAUGAGGAGACUUCAGGGUCAUGCACAAAAGGAGGCACUUUUGCUCUUCCCAUUAUUCUCUCGAGGUUCAUUGCAGACGCUGCUGGAGCAGACAGCGAGAAAAGGAACUGCAGCCUUCACGGAGGUCGAGAGUCUCCAAUUCUUUUCCAAGUUGGUGGAUGCAGUCGCUGCACUGCACGCUUUGGGCUUUGCUCAUCGAGACCUGAAGCCUGGUAAUAUCUUAGUGAGUGAUGGAGAACCAAUAGAGCCGUUGUUAAUGGACUUUGGCUCGGUCGCUCCAUUGCGCGUUCAAUUAAGAGGAGCAAUGGACUGCAGGAAGAUGUGGGAGGACGCUGCAAGAUACAGCAGCGCUCCGUACCGAGCUCCCGAGUUGUGGGAUAUGGGGGAUCAAGUGGACGCAGUCGAUGGACGGGCGGACGUUUGGUCGCUGGGAUGUGUUCUGUAUGCUAUGGCAUUUGGUCCGUUCUCCCCGUUCGAGCACCCACGGGACGGCGUACAGCACCUUGCGAUUGUCAAUGGCUACGUGGGAUUUCCUCCGGGGAACAUGCACGGUGGUCAGAAUUUCAGUGCGACGUUUACAGCUUUAAUAAAGUGGAUCCUCACUCCAGAUCUAGCAGAACGCCCUAAGCUCGAAGGUGUCCGUCUGUGCAUCAACCAGCUUCUUAACCCGGCACCCGGCAAGCAGCCUUCUGUAAAAAUGGGGAGGCUGUCCUCGAGAACACAUCAUCGAAGUAGUACCCUUCAAGAACCUGUGGUUGGCGAGCAGGACUGGGCAGAGUUUUCGACCUUAGAUCCUCAUCCGAUGAGCUCAGAUCUCUCAUUUUUGGUCGCUGUACGCUCCAGAUCCUCAUCCGCAGUAUCCAAACCGCUUUUAGCAACACGGAGCAGCAGAGCGAAACGUUCAAGUGUAUCGUCGACCAGCGAGGGACGCAAUUCUUCUGAAACCAGAACAUGUAUUAGAGACAGAGGACUGAGCGACCCUAGUCGAAGACGCGCGCUAUCCUGUACUGGUAAGCAGUUGUGGACCAACGCUUUGGAAAGUCAAACGUCCGAUUAA